AUGGAACGAAAGAUUAUUAUCACAGAUUCACAGGCAGGGAAGGAGUGGAGAUCAAAAGAUGACCAGGGCAUCCAUUGGAAGGCGUGGGAUAAAGUGUAUAUCCCCAAGAAAUAUGGAGGUUUGGGCUUUAAGGAGUUGCGUGCCUUUAAUCUUGCCAUGUUGGGUAAGCAAGCGUGGCGUUUUCUUACACAACCGGAAUCUUUGGUUUCAAGAGUUUACAAGGCCAAAUAUUAUCCCAAUAAAUCUUUCUUUGAUGCAUGUUUGGGGAAUAACCCAAGUUUUUGUUGGCGUAGUAUUCUGGCGACACAGGAAUUAAUCUGUGGAGGAGUUAAGCGCAGAAUUGGGAAUGGUAAGUUAACCUUAAUAUGGGAUCAUCCAUGGCUACAUGAUGAACAGAACCCGAGAAUAAUAACGGAAAAACCACCCCAGUUGGCACAGGCAAUGGUCAUGGGACUAAUGGACCAGGAGACAGGAACUUGGGAUCAGGAUAUUCUCACAGAUAUUUUCAUACCCGUGGAUGUGAUACAAAUAUUGAAAAUAUCUGUGUCACCAGAAUAUGAAGACAUGUGGUAUUGGUAUGGGGACCCAAGGGGAGAGUAUUUAGUUAAAAUUGGUUACAGGAAGGUGGUUGGUGAUCACACCCACCAGGUUGGAGCCUUUGAUAAGUGGUUAAAAUUAUGGAAGUUCAAGAUCCCCCUGAAGUGGAAGACAUUUUUAUGGAGGACUUUGAAUGAUAUAUUACCUACCCACUACAAAAAACCUACUUAUAAAGAGGAUGAUAAUGAGAUUGUUUAUGCAGUGGCACUUCUAUAUUAUAUAUGGCGUGCAAGAAAUGGGGCUGUAUGGGAUGCAUAUUUACCCACACCUCGGAAGAUAAUUGCAAUGGUAACCUCGGCUGUACACGCUUGGAAGCUUGCCCAUCCAGGUCGGACACAUACCGCAACUGCCACCACGGCAGGAGCCCAAGACGAUGCUACUGGACAGUCCGAACAGCACAAUGCCACUGCUGCAAUCCGCAUUGAUCAACCGCAACAAGCCACUGCCAUGUUACGGCAUCCCCUGCCAGCCGCGUCAAGUGCCGCAAUCCACGCUCCUCAACACCCCAUGCGAGAUCUAUGCUUCUUCGACGCAGCGUACUCCAAUCAGACAAACAAAGCAACGGUCGGAGCAAUUCAACUCAACGCCCAAGGAGGAUAUAUUUCAGCCAUGUCGGCGCCCAUGAUAGACUGUUUUUCACCGCUAAUGGCGGAAGCUUUUGCAUGCAAGGAGGUUUUGUCCUGGUUAAGGAAUCGUGGGGAAAGAUCUAUCGAGCUCUUCACAGAUUGUUUAAUAUUACAGCAGUAUUUAUCGUCUAUGGCAGGCUCACCACGUUCAUAUCUGGGUUACGCUAUUGACAGUUGCAAGACUAGUUGUUUUCAAGCACAAUUCGAUCUGGAUUCUGUCUGA